UCUUGUCUUUUCUCUCGUCUUCAACGUCCCUCUCCCUUCCUAUCCAUAAUUCGAACACUCCUUCCCCUUCUCCCUCUCACCCAUCUACACUUUAUGUCCGCGGGACGCCGCUAUCAUUCGCUUUUUUCUUUCUUUUCUUCAUCUCCCAAUUUGUCCCUCCGUCGGAACAUUUCCUAUGGUCGCAUGUUUCAGGGCGGGGCGUCCUACAAGCUUCUCUCAACAUCCACCGUGGCGUCUCAAUUUACCUCAUCCGUACCCCCGCAUUCGCUUCCCCCGAAGAAACGGCGCAAACACGCCCCCACCGGUGCCAACGCACCUUUCAGCGAUUCGACGAUGAAGCCUAAGAAUCCCGGGAAGAACACGGUUUGCAAUUCCGAUGACCAAGCCAGAAAUCCUCAGGGCGGCAAUUUAGCCUCCAAUCCUCCUGGGCGAUACGUUGGUUCGAAUCCAACGCAGGCUGUUCAUCCAGAUCGCGAGGCAACCAUUGCCAAGAUACCAACAGCGCCGAAGAAAAAUGCAAAGAAUAAACGGAAGAAUCAUGCAAAACAGAACUCGAAAAAAUUGGAGAAUCAUCGAAAUGCCCCGAAUCAUGGGUCGUAUUCGGGUUCAUAUCCCCUGCGCCCUGCGCCUGGGUCAUCGCAGCAGUCGUUUCCUGUACAGAAUGAUAUGGGUGGUAUGAAUCAGUAUAAUGCAAUGAAUGUCCUUCCAGGGCUCCCAGACUUCAGUGGUGUUUUACAACAGCCAUUUUCACAGUUACCAUUCCCGCCUCAAAACCCGGGUUCCGGUCAACACUCGUUUGGCGCAUUCAAUGUCCCCCCGUGGAAUGGUGUGAACAAUCCUGCCGGGCUUAUGCCGUUUAUUCCUCCCAUGAUGAACUUCUUUCCGAGUCCAGCAAUGUCGGGGCCUAUGCCGAAUGGGUUCCCUUUCUUUCCUUUUGAUCCAACAAUGGCUGGCGCGGCCGAUCCAGCGGCUGGGAAUGCACAGGACAAAACACGGAAAAGAUUCGACUCUUCCAAGAGGCAGUAUGGCAGAGAGUCUAAAUCACCUGAUCCACCACAAGUUUCACAGGAUUACAUGACGCAGGCGUCUUUGGAACCGACAAAAUUGUCUUCUCCUCAACCUCUACUAGUCAUCCUAGACUUGAACGGCACGCUUAUAUAUCGAAAGCACCGCCGGUUUCCUCCGGUGUUUGCCAGACGAGCAGGACUCGACGAAUUCAUAGAGACAUUGAUAAAUAAAUACAAGGUCAUGAUUUGGUCCAGCUCCAAGCCCGAAACCGUCCGAGGAGUUUGUGAAAAAGUCUUCCCAGCCGAGCAAAGGUCUCAGUUGGUUGCGGAAUGGGGCCGUGAUAAAUUUGGUCUCAACAUGUCCCAGUAUCGGUCUAAAGUUCAGGUCUAUAAGAAGCUGGAGAUUGUCUGGGCCGAUAAGGAUGUUCAAGCGAGCCAUCCGCUUGCACAGGAACCCAACCCACCAACAACCCAGAAUGGCAAAAAGCGUAAAGCGCAGCGAAGAUGGGAUCAGACCAACACGAUCCUGAUAGACGACAGCAAACUCAAGGCCCUCAGCGAACCAUACAACAUCCUUGAGAUCCCGGAAUUCACCAACGCCCCUGGCAUCGACGAGUCCAUGAUUUUCCCUAAAGUACUCCAACGCCUCGAAGCAUUAUCCAACCACGAUGAUGUCAGUAAGAUUCUCAGAGUCUGGAACGGAAUUCAGGGAAACAACAGUAUUCUCGAUCUGGGAGACUUUCCAUCAGGCGAUACCCCAACUACUCUCACAGUAGCCCAAGCUCGCACCCAGCGACGAAAACUCCGCAAGCAGGAGAAGAAAGUUGCCCGAAAAGCCAGCGCUGCUGUCAAUACAGAGACUCAAACAAAUACCACUGAGUCCGAUCAACCACCUGUGGGUGUCCUACAGGAACAGGAACAAACCAUCACCACCACCGCCAGAUCUCCAUCCCCCGUCUCGGACACGCAAUCCGAGAAUUUCCUUUUGGACCGAUUAGAGGAGUCAUUGGAUGCUCAAAAGCGUUGAUUUAUCUUCAUUAUACUAGCUUUGAUUUUCUUUGGCAUUUUUUUUUCUUUCUAUGUCCAUAAUUACAACAUUUGUUUCGCAUAAAGGACUCACGAGUCUGAGACUCCGAGGCCGUUGUUUUAGAUACCUUUAUUUUUCAUGGAUGCCAUUUUCUGUCUUGGUUUUGAUUGUGACUCGGACAUAAAAAAUAUCAAUGGAAUGGUUGAUGAUUGAUGAUUGAUAAGGUUUUGGGAAUACUGUGAAUGGGUUUUGAUAUAAGGCCCGACAUGUUUGUAUACUAGACAUCAUUUGUAUCUUGAAUUUUGUGGGUUGGUGUGAAUGUCUACCGGACGAAUGCCACCAAUUUGCUGCGUAGAAUGGGCUGUAUACGAUAGGAUAAACUUCGGACUCGAGACCAUUAGACAUUGCAAUGCCCAAGGCAACGACGAACUGUUGUCUUCUAAGAUGCCACUAAAGUCUAGGGAAUAAACUACUGGUUUACAAUAUAGCAAAAUGA